GUGUCCCCGGUAAACCCCACGCCGUUGCGGUUGAUGUCACGUCCACGACACGCACAGGACAUGUCGCUGUCACGUCCACGCCUCUCGAGCCCAAACAACAGCAUCAACAGCUGUAUCAACAGGAGUAUCAACAGCAGCAGCAACAACAGCAGCAGCAUCAACAGGAAGCAAAACAACAGGAGCAUCAACAUUUUCAACAAAAACAACAUAAACAGGAAACGACUGUUGAACAGGAGGGGGCGAACCUCCCCCCGGAGUACCUGAGACCAGCGGGGGCCGCCCUUCUCGUCUGGGGCCUCAACGGGGGCACCAGCGCCCCCCACAUCAACAGCGGCAACAGCGGCAACAGAAACUACGGCAACAGCAACGACAACAGUAAUAGCGGCAACAGGGACUACGGCAGCAACAGCAAUGGCAACAGGGACUACGGCAGCAACGGCAACAGUAAUAGCGGCAACAGGGACUACGGCAGCAACAGCAAUGGCAACAAGGACUACGGCAACAGUAACAACAGGAGUAGCAAUAACAACGGCAACAGGGACUACGGCAACAGUUGCUUCGGCAGCCGAACCAACAGUAACAAUGGCAACAGUAACAGGGACAACAGAUCAAAUAGUAAUAACAGGAGCAACAGCAACGAAAGAGUAAAGAGCACUGAAAAUAACAGUAACUGUGCCUCAAACAGCAAGAACAACAGCGGCAACAGUAAUAACGGUAACAGUGCCAACAGCGGCAACAGGCAUAACGGCAACAAAGCUAACAGCAACAACGGCAACAGAGGCAACAGUAACAACAGCGGCAACAGCAAAACGGUAACCGAGGUCCCGGUAGCGAAAAAUUUUCAAUUCAACGGCGGUCUGUUGAACGCAAAUUUCCGGGAAAUUCGCGUGGUUGGCAACACUGCUAACGUCAACAGUCCUGUUGAGAUUAUUAAUUGUGGCGGGAAACCCGCUAGAGGCAGAGGGCUUCCCCUCAGGAAACCUCGCUAG